UGUGUGUCUUUAUAUAAGUACGCAUGUGCAUGAUUUGUGUCCUUCGGUUUUUAAUAUUGAGCAAAUUUGCCGAUGACUUUUUAUUUGAACGGUGCAUCCUUCCUAAAAAAGUCUCGUUUGCUUUCUAUCCACAACAAGAUGCGAAAAUUCUGCUUUUUGAUGUGAUCCCAGUCUCUUAACAUUGAGCUUUGCUUCACAUAAUAAAAAACCAAAGCAAAUUACCAAUGAGUACUCUACAAGAUACAUUGCUGUAUUAAAGAGCAAGCAUUAGAUUCUAAUUUAAAACUACUUCAACUUGCAGAUACAGUAUUAUAACAGAGUUUGCUUCAUUGUUUAUUUGACUUUCACACACAGAACACAAGUAAACACAGUAUGCACGCAAGAGAUCACUAACAGUUAAUACGCUCAAAAGUUCAUUCAAAUGUGCACACACAAUCUUAGCCCAUUGACGCCAACAGAGUACGGCUAAACACCCCCCCCCCAAAAAAAAAAGAAAAAAGAAAAAAAGAAACAAAAGAAAAGGAAAAAAAAGCGGAGAUGAAAGAAAGGAGGGCUGGGGGGCGUGCUCAGUCUACACUUUGGCUUGGAGCCGCGAGGGUGUGCAAAGUUGGUGUCAAUAGUCAUGCGCACGAUGCCUAAUCACAUGACACAGUGCGGCUUAAGCCCCCGAGCCUAAUGGCAUCAUCAGUUGUCUCGGCUUUGAGCCAUUCAACGUCAAAACCCUAGUGAUAUUCAGUCAGGGGGAAUUUAAGGGCCUGAUCGUAAGGGAUAAACCAACGAAAUUUCAUUCUCCCCAUCGGAAGGGGGGCCUGACUGAACAGGGCUUUAGACAUAGAAAAUAGUGGUAAAGUUUUGACAGUUCAAACAUUUUUGUAAAUUUUAAAACCUUUUUUCAACAGAAAAGUACUUUUUUGGUGAAGAAAACCACGUGGGGCUGAAGCUGCGAGCCCCACACCACAAGACGCCCCUGUUUUAACUUUGACUCUACAUGACAAGGCUCAGACUUGUGUCCAAAAAACUCACAAAGCUAGAAGCAGUGACAAUUAAUUCUUUAUGUUAUGGCUAGACAACUGUGUUAGUUGUGAAAAAGAAUCCCAGUUGUGGAACAGUGUCUGUGUUGUAAACGUCUUCGAACCAAGCUGUUUUUAUAAUAUAACAAGGGAAAAUAUGUGACUAUCUUUGAAAUGGUAGAUAAAGGAGGACAAUGCACAGAAAUCUCAAGAGAAUAUCAAAAAAAGACGAUGACGGCAUUGGUUAACUGUGUUCAAGGUGAUGAUGCGCCACCACCACCAUCACCUAUUUUGUGUUCCUAUCGAUUGGUGAUGUCCAUAAUGUGUUCCCUGGGGCUUUUCACAUGUGUAGCUCAGCGUCUGUCUCUAAGUGUUGCCAUCGUGGCGAUGGUCAACCAAACUGCUCUGAGGCAACUUCGUGAAGAGAAAUGGAAUGACACACAUCAAGUGUCGGGCGGAUGCAAAAAUUGCAAAAAAGUGCACUUUGAGGAUAACGUACAAUAUACGGAAGGAGAAGGAGAAUUUAUAUGGUCAAAGGAGACACAAGGCAUCAUUCUCAGUUCUUUCUACUGGGGAUUCGCGGUAGCUCAGCUACUUGGGGCCUGGUUCAGUCAGAGAUACGGUGGAAGGAGAGUUUGGGCCUGUUCCAUGCUCGUGUGCUCACUUUUAACUCUCCUCACACCAAUAGCUGCUCGGAUAGAUUCUUAUGCAGUCGUUGCAGUGAGAGUUGUAUUAGGUCUUUUUCAGAGCGUGAUGUGGCCCUCCGUGUGUGUUCUUUUCGCCCGUUGGGUACCUCCCCUGGAGAAUGGGAGACUUACCAGUUUUGCAACAACAGGUUCUUUGCUGGGCGCUAUCAUCACUUUACCAGUGGUGGCUCAACUAUGUGAACUACCGACAGGAUGGUCUCUAGCCUUUUACAUUACAGGAGGCUGUGGGUUUCUGUGGGUAGUGUUCUGGGGUCUUCUCGUCUACGACUCCCCUGACGUACACCCACGUAUUUCGUCAGCAGAGCGACUCUACAUUACUCACAGUAUUGGAAAAAACGUUACUUCAGAUUUGCUG